UUUUGCACACGGGAGGUCGCUGGUUGAAGUUUUAGUAUGUUCAGCUCCACUUCCUGUCAUGCGCAGAAGCCUCAUCCCAAAACAUGGCGACGGCGGCGGAGAAAUCAACAAAAGAGCGGCUCGUGUCUGUUUUGGACGAUCUGGAGGUUUUAUCGCGGGAAUUGAUAGAGAUGUUGGCCUUGUCCCGAAAUCAGAAAUUACCGCAGCCAGGAGAGGAUGCACAGAUUUUGGAGCUGCUGGUUCAGAGGGACCGUGAGUUUCAGGACCUGAUGGCAGUGGCUCAGUCUCAGGGCAAAGUUCAUGAGGAAAUGCAGCGUUUGGAGAAAGAAGUGGAGAAGAGAGACAGCGACAUCCAACAACUGCAGAAACAACUGAAAGAGGCCGAGCACAUACUGGCUACUGCUGUUUACCAGGCCAAAGAGAAACUCAAGUCCAUUGACAAAGCCAGAAAAGGAAGUGUUUCGUCAGAGGAGCUGAUUAAGUACGCUCAUAGAAUCAGUGCCAGCAACGCCGUUUGUGCUCCUCUCAACUGGGUCCCAGGCGACCCGCGCAGGCCGUACCCCACAGACCUGGAGAUGCGCAGUGGGAUGUUGGGGCUCAUGGCGAAUCUUCCCUCAAACGGAGUGAAUGGACAUCUGCCAGGAGACGCUCUGGCUGCAGGGAGGCUACCAGACGUGCUGACCCCCCACUACCCGUGGCAGUCGUCGGACGUCUCAGUGGGGAUGCUUCCUCCUCAUCACGGCUCAGAUCUGGGGCUGGAGCCUCCAGGGCACAACAAGGAGAACGAGGAGGAUGUGGAAAACAUGUCCACAGACUCGUCCAGCAGCAGCAGCGACUCGGACUGAAACAAACACUCUCAAAGCUUACACUGCAAAAAACAGUAUCUGUGGUUAAAGUUGCACUAUGCAACUUUUCUCGUGGAGGGUCUGGCAUCAGCUUGUCUACAGAGAGAUGUUAUUGCUUUGCCUGGGAUGUUCCACAGUAUGGCAUUAAACUAAUAUCUCAAAACAACAUUAAAAACAUGCAUUAUUACUGUGAGUAGGUCCACAGAUCUGAAAUGUAACUUGGCGUUGUGGUGUGACCUGCUCGUCUCCAUGGAGAUAAAGAUACAGAGUUAAAUGCCAUCCUGUAGAUCAUUCUGACAGACCUUCUACCAGAAAAGUUACACAGUUUACCUUUAAGGUUCACUUGAUUGAAGUGAUAUUGGUUCUCUCCAUUUGAUCCAUAACCUAAAGUUAUUCCUCAUUUACCUUAUACAUUCUGAGCAUCCUAAUUAUUCACUGUAAUGAUUUCAUAAGCACUUUUCACGACUUAGAGAUGGAGCGGAGCUUUGCCAGCACGGUAAUGCUAACAGCAACAACUAGCAGCCUAACAGCACACCAGCAUUGCUUCCUGGUUUUUGAAAGAUAAAAACUGACCAUAUCAUUCUGACCAUAAGGGCUCCUUUUAUAAUAUAUAUUUACAAUUUAUACAUUUACAAAAUAUCCGUGCUGUGGGAAACAAAUCCAGUACAGCCACUUUGUCUCUGGGGUAUAAACCUGUUUUAAUACAUUUCCUUUUUAAAGUAAAUUGUUUGCUAACAAUUGAGAGCAUUUAAAAUGCUUUAUUUUUGCCAUUGGGACUUUUUCAUUUAUCUUUUCUAUCUCAGAAACCAUCAAAAAUGUCAUACAACAAGUCAGAUAAUCUAGGUCCUCUUUUGCAGCUCAACAGUGACCGCCCACUACACCAAACUUCUCAUUUUCCCCUUAGACUUUUUGAAAACAAAAAUACUAAAAAUAUGAAAGCUCAGGGCUAAUGAUGUAACUAAAAACCACAAGACCUUGAAUUUUAUGUAAAAUCUGUUACUGAAACUUUAUAAACCAUUGAGUUUUUUUUUAGUUUUUUUUCUGCAUCUUGUUUUUUAAAUGUGCUUUUUGGAUUUAAAACAACCGUGGAUAAUAUUUAGCACAUAGUUGGUUAGCCUUCACAAUAUCUUUAAUCUCUUAAUAUUUGAAUUUUUUGAUGUCUAUGGGAAAAAUAAUGGAAAAGUCACUUCUGGAACCAGAGUGGUCAGUCACUGUUGAGCUCCAUUACAUCAGUCGUACUGGUCAAAACACUGCUCAAUUUUUAAUGAACAUUCUGAAUGCAGAUUACUGUGUAAGAAAAGAAAGGAAAUUAAAAUGUAGCUAUGGACAGUUAAGGCAACACGACUCAACAGGCAACAGGAAGACACUAACUUAACCUACAUUUAGACAAACUGCGAAUUGAAUCUUUACAUUAUGGGUUUGAAUGGAUGAGACUAAAUACUGACACCAUCAGCUGAAAUAUGCUUUUGUUUUGUGGUGAUUCUUGUCACUGAAUUUUCUGCUCAAAAUAUUUUUGUAAUUACAUUUUGUUUUGUUGUAAAUAGAAAUGUACAUAUUCAGUCAUGUAAAUAAAUGUUUUCAGAAGAACAAAA